UAUCUUCAGACUUUUCUGUGCAUAUGUACAAUUGGUGGUUUAUAGCAAUAUGACUUAGAAAUGAGUUGGACCUGAGCAUUGCCUCGUUUACGCCAGGAUUCAAGAGUUUUGUCUGCACUACUUUCUAUACCGGCAUCGCGCAUUAAUACUGUGUUCUGCGACCGUAAGGCGCCCAUUUCUACCGUAGCGGUGCAUACCAGUAUUCCUCCAACCUAGAGGCACGCCCACACAUAGGCAAGAAUUAGCUACUCAACGUCCGAGUGCUACGCGGGAUAGUAACCAUGGGCAACGUACUUGGAACCAUCGAAUACUUGACUACAUACAACAAAACAUUCACGCCAAACCGCGAAGAGGACUUCGUGGAGUGUAACGUCGGGGUCCCCUGCCGUGUGGUGACCGGGAACAAGGCCGUCCAGUCUUUAAUAUACGACUACGACCGUUUCAAGAAGGAGGAGUUCAAAUUUGCCGCAGUGAUGGUACCGGAGGAGCUGACGGAAGGCGUGUGUCCCAGCGCCCUGUCCAACGGCAAGUUUCACGAGAAACACAAGGGUUUCUUGAUGGAAGUCAUCUCAAAGGCGUAUGGAGAGAUCCCGGCUUCCACCGCGCGGUCCGUGUUGUCCAACGUGUCACAGUGGGGAAGGGGACCGAUGGACGACUUCGAGUCAAAGCUAAUGGCUGUCAUGGCAGAUGCCCUUCUCCCUGCCAUCUACGGAGAAUCGACGCCUUUCGACACGAAAGAAAUAGAGCGUUACAUCAGCGGCGCAACCAGCAAACCGAAAUCACGGAUCUUACAAGUGUUAACAUCAUGGAGAAGUCUGGACGAAGCACAAAGUGCGAAGGAGUCUAUAGUCGGGAAAAUAAAGACAUCAGAAAGGUACCAGCAGCUGAUGGAUCUGGCGAAAUCGCACGGAUUGGGAGAAAAGGAGGCGACGAUGCAACUUCUCAUCUCCAUCAGCCUGAACGGGGUUGUCGGCAGCGGUACGAAUCUCGUCUCAGCCUUCGCCUGCCUGGACACCCUCAGCGCACAGGACAAGGGGGAACUACGGGAGGAGGCGCUGGCCGCCAUGCGGAAACACGGAGGCCUGACCCGGGAGGCCCUGCAGGAGAUGCCGAAGGUUGAGAGCUUCGUCUUGGAAGCGCUGCGGUUCAGUCCGUCCCCGGGGACUGCAAGCAACGUCCUGGCAACACGGCCGUCAACUAUCCAGUACACGGCGGGGAACGGAGACAACAAGGAAGCGGAGAUCAAGGAAGGCGAACUUGUGUUUCUCCUUACCUACUGGGCACUGAGAGACCCCGCCGUCUUCGACAAGCCAGGCGAGUUCGUGUGGCGCAGGUUCCUCGGCCCUGAGGGAGAAGCACGCCGGGAAAACCAUCUCAUCUUCAACGGGCGGUUCGUGGACGCUCCCGCGGUCACCAACCACAUGUGCGCGGGCAAGAACGUCGCGCUGUCCGUGUUCAAAGGAAUCUUCGCCAUUCUCGUCACCUUCUUCGGAUGGGAGCUUCAGGAGGCGCCGUUUUGGACGGGGACCAAAGUGGUUCGCCUCGGCCGGCCGGACAACGAGGUGAAGAUCAAGUCAUUCUCGCUGCAACAUCCCGAAGACUUGAAAGAGAUUUUUCCAUCCUACUUCGAUGACAUCACCCGAGAUUCUUAGUAUAAUGCUCGACUGGCGAUGGGCUCCCUCGGAAAUCAGUCUUAACGGCUGAAGAGACUACCCAUAUGUUAGUAAGAAUAAUAAAUAGAUAACCCUAUUCAGACGGGGGGGGGGGGUGAGGUACUGUAAUUCCAUUUAAUAUUGCGGUUGGAAAUUAUAGCGGUGGGAGGAAAAUGGACUAGCUCAUGGCACUUAAUUUUAGCAGUGUGGACAAGGCAGAUGAUCAAAAGUGUUCAAAUACAAUGUAUUACGGUACUGAAAUUUUAGCGGUAAAAAAGUAACAGCUAAAUCAGCUAUGAUUAAGUGACAGUUAACAAAUAUUAUUGGUGUUUGCGCCACCUUGCGACUGGAUACCAAACUGCACCUUUCAGCAGCGUCUCAUCUACGCUGCAUGAUUGUAGGGGCGUCUGACUUGAUCGACAUAUCGAGUGGUAAGAGAAUUUCUGUGUGACGCAUGUACAAGCACCUCCCAUAUGGUCUAGUGGUUAGGAUUUGGCGCUCUCACCGCCAAGGCCCGGGUUCGAUUC